CCGGGAGGAGGAGCGAGCGGCCACUAGGGAGGCAGCGCCUCGGCUCUCCGGGCAAGGGCGGCGGCAGCGGUGCUGGGCGGGGACGGGCUCGGGGCUAGCGGUGCGGCUGCAGGGGCUGUGCGAAGCACUGCUGGGCUGCGAGGCGCUCGGGCCCGCGGAGAGGCCGUGCGCGCUGAGCCGAUCUCCACCGCCACCGCGCUGCUCGCCCUGGGUGACGUCGUGCCGGGGUCCCCAGCAUGACCGAGCUACGGCAGAGAGCUGUCCGCGAGGACGCACCGCCGGAGGACAAGGAAUCAGAAUCAGAAGCCAAGAUCGAUGGAGAGACUGCAUCAGACAGUGAGAGCCGAGCAGACCCAGCUCCCCCACCAGCCUCCGUAGAUGACACCCCAGAGGUCCUUAACAGGGCCCUUUCCAACUUGUCUUCAAGAUGGAAGAACUGGUGGGUGAGAGGCAUCCUGACUUUGGCCAUGAUUGCAUUUUUCUUCAUUAUCAUUUACCUGGGACCAAUGGUUUUGAUGAUGAUUGUGAUGUGUGUUCAGAUUAAGUGUUUCCACGAGAUAAUCACUAUUGGCUACAAUGUAUACCACUCCUAUGACCUGCCCUGGUUCAGGACCCUCAGCUGGUACUUUCUCCUGUGUGUAAACUACUUCUUCUAUGGUGAGACAGUGACAGAUUACUUCUUCACUCUGGUCCAAAGAGAGGAGCCCUUGAGGAUUCUCAGUAAAUACCAUCGGUUCAUUUCCUUUACCCUGUAUCUCACAGGGUUCUGCAUGUUUGUACUGAGUCUAGUUAAGAAGCAUUAUCGACUGCAGUUCUAUAUGUUUGGCUGGACCCAUGUGACCUUGCUUAUUGUCGUAACCCAGUCACAUCUUGUUAUCCAUAACUUGUUUGAAGGAAUGAUAUGGUUUAUUGUUCCCAUUUCAUGUGUCAUCUGUAAUGAUAUUAUGGCCUAUAUGUUUGGCUUUUUCUUUGGUCGGACCCCACUCAUUAAGCUCUCUCCAAAGAAGACCUGGGAAGGCUUCAUAGGGGGCUUCUUUGCCACUGUGGUGUUUGGCCUUCUGCUCUCCUAUGUGAUGUCUGGGUACAGAUGCUUUGUCUGUCCUGUGGAAUACAACAAUGACACCAACAGCUUCACUGUGGACUGUGAGCCAUCUGACCUAUUCCGCCUGCAGGAGUACAACAUUCCUGGAGUGAUCCAGUCAGUUGUUAGCUGGAAAACAGUGAGGAUGUACCCUUUCCAGAUCCACAGCAUUGCCCUCUCCACCUUUGCCUCGCUCAUCGGUCCAUUUGGAGGGUUCUUCGCAAGUGGAUUCAAACGAGCCUUUAAAAUCAAAGACUUUGCCAAUACCAUUCCUGGCCACGGAGGCAUCAUGGAUCGCUUUGACUGCCAGUACCUGAUGGCCACCUUUGUCAAUGUGUACAUUGCCAGCUUUAUCAGGGGCCCAAACCCGAGCAAACUGGUUCAGCAGUUUCUGACGUUGCGGCCAGAUCAGCAGCUCCACAUCUUCAACACACUCAAGUCUCACCUGACUGACAAGGGCAUUCUGACCCCUGCCUUGGAAGAUGAGUAGUGUCCAGCAGGACCAGGAGAACCGGAGCAGGACUGAGUGAGGGGCAGGCCACCACCAAGGCCAGCCCAGAUGCUGUGACUUAGAUAAUGAAAAGCUUCAACUCACUGUCUUUUUUUCUUUUAAAUUUGUUUUGUUUUUUAAGAAAAUCUGUAUAUACAGUCUGUUUAUAAUGUGGGCUGUGAGUAAGUUAUAGCUUUGAGUUGCGAAGAAGUCACAGGGAAGAACAAUUUGGGUUUCUCAUACAGGUAUUGAACACAUGAAAGACAGUGCUGCCCAGCUCAGGGGGUCCGGUUGGGGGUUCUAACCCCCACCCAUCUAGUUGUUUCUGGGCAGUGUGAGAGGUCAUGCAUUUGUCUAUGUCUGACUAGUAGAGAGACUUUCCCAGCUGGCAGAGCUGUUGCUGAUGCCUGUCGCUGGGGCUUCUGCAGGCAUCCCUGCCUGGGAGCAAUGGAGGGCUGCCUGCUGUAAGAGGGAGGGCGGGAGGGAGGGAGGCUCACUGAUCAGAUGAGCAUCUUGUCCAAGCCAAAACCCUGCAGAGGGCACUUGAGCUUUGCUUCUAGUUUGCUUUCACCAUGCAGACUGAAAGAAGAUUUCAGACUUUGUUUUUCUCAGAAAGCAUGAAGAAUUUAUGAAGUCUGGAAAGAGAAACCCACACUGUAAUAUUUCAAAUGUAUGCAGUAGAAGGCACUGUCGAAACCUUUCCUGCCAUUCAGGCUCCAGGGGCUUCUGGAGGAGGUCCUGCAGCCUGCGUCUUUCAGAGCUGAGGCUUCACGCGUGUGCUGUGGGUUUGCUGCUGCUGAACUCUUCCGGGGACCUCUGCGAGGGGGGGAGCACACCCUUUGCCUGGAAGCCCACUUGUGUUGCUGCUGUGUUGUGUAUAUAGCACUCGAGGUGAGUGUGUGUCUGUGUGUUUCAAAGUCACUUGUCUCCUAUAUGAGUUCAGUCAUCCCUGGACUUCUCAGAGUCCCCGAGUCUUGCUUAGAACUGCAGCAAGCCUAAUCUCAAGACUCAGUAUACACUUUUUUAUGAAAUGUGGCCACUUUAGAUGUAGUUUGUACUUUGCUGGGGACCUCUUGCUGUUGUUUGUGUAAGCUGUGAUUGUUCUUUUCCUUCCUAAUCAUAAGUGAGACUGAUAAGUUGGGAGGCUGCUUCUUUGUCAGGCCCAGGAGCAGUUGGCAGAGAGGGAGCUUGUCCCCAAGCAUGUUAACACCAUGGCCAUGGUGUCCCACUGCUGAGGAGGGCACAGUGACUUGCUUUAAGCAUCUUGGUCUGCGCCACUUUGUUUUCAAAUUAGCCUCCCAGCUCUUCCAAUGCAGAUAGCACUCAGAAUGUCUUUCAUGCGCCACCAUGUGGCCUACAUGGGGGUAAGGGCGGGGGUGGGACAACUUUUUGGUUCUGAGCUCCGACUUCUCUGUCAACGUUGUGGCUUUUCUUUCUCCCUCGGCUCCCAGGGCUGCAUUGAACCCGCUGUUGCCUUGGGUUUGGGUUCUCCGUGUGACCCCGGGUGGGAAGCUUUGCUCUCAGGUUCUCCUUUUCUGACUUACCCUGGAAGUUCACGAAUUCUGCAACUCUACAGAGAAGUUCCUGUCACUAGAGGCCCCUGUUCCUAUUGAGUCAUGUCAUGGGCACCCAAAAAAGGAAAUACACCCAGGUGUGUUUUAUGACCGCUCCUAAAGACAAAUCAGUGUUUUCUUAAGCUUUUCAGUGGUGGUUAGGGAUGAGACUGUACUUUUCUGACUAAAAACUGACCUUGGAUCACCAAACUAGAUAGAGCUGGGUGCACCAUUCCCUAACUGCCAAGACUUACUUGAGCAGUGGUGACUGGGGCUUGAGGAGGUGGUUGCUGGUGUCUAAAAAACUGAAACGCAGUGCUCACUGGAGCUGCCAGCCAGAGGUUUUUAUUCCCGUUCAAGUAGCCAGGUGAGCAAUGCCACUGUGUGUCUGUGUGGCACAUUGUUCCAUCAAGCAGGCAGCACUCUAGAGAUUACUUUACCACACACCAUGCAGAUCUUAGUGGCUCACAUUAACUUACUCUACACUCAUCUUGUUUUGCCAGAAAUAAAAUUUUUGUGCCUUUCCUUGUCAUGAGUUCAGUGUUUGUUACUUUCAUGCAUGGCUUUAUAUUUCCCACUUUGUGUGAUUGUAAAUUCUGUGCAGUUUUAAUUUAGAGGGUUUUGUUUUCCUGCUUGUAUGCCGUCUCUUCAUAGCAGCCUUCCAAGGAACCUCAGAUGAGAGCCAUGUGGUGGAACCAGGAAGUGUUCCACCUCACAGCGUGCCUGCAGGACAGGAUUAUCUAGUCCUGCAUCCCCAACACCUAAGUACUGCAGUGUUCCUUCUCUCAGGCCCCAGAGACCUGAGCAAGGCCUGAGCCAGGAAGUGCUUAGAUGACUUAUAACUGGUGAGGUUGGGAUUUGGUGAACCCAGGCUGACAGAGAACAAGCCAGGGGGGCUCCCUGAUGAGUUCUGCUCAUGAUGGUUCCUAGGGAAAGGAGCCUUCCCUUUGCAUAUUCAUUUCCACCCUCUUAACCACCUCAGUGUGAAAACAAAGUUCAUAAAGUUCAUGUUUCUGUUUCACUUGUGAAGGUGAAGAAGUUGGGAGAGUGAGUGUAUACACACACACACACACACACACACACAAUUUCACAAUGUCAGCCUUUGAGUUUCUGCUUUAUAACCACAUUUAAUGUACUGUAGUAUGCAGUGCAGUAACCAGUCUUCAGAUGUAUGAAAUCUAACAUGUAAUCCUACGUAGGUGGACUAUGAAACUAUUUGUAUGAUAUUUCACCCCUGCUUGCUUUCAUCCUGUAACCUGGCCUAUGUUAUACAAGAAAAUUGGAGCAGUGUAUUUCAAGGGAAUCAACGAAGACCUUGUGGGCUAAUUGCUGGCUUGGCAAGGGCCUGAUUUGAGUGAGUCCCUGAGGUCAGUCCCUGUGUUGAUGGAGCUGGGAGGAGGGGUGACUUCAGGACUUAGGACACAGUGUAGGGCAGUCACUGUUGGUUAUGAAGUCAGCCUGGGUAGACUUCCAGGGAAGGCUUUUCCUCACUACCAGUGUGGGAUGUCACAGCUAAAGACAGGUCAUGUGUUAGGAACAUCCAAGGCCAUGUUGUCCUUUCUCUUUCAGAGUCUGUGCCCCCACCGUUCCUGCACAUGCACUGUGCUCAUGGGGGGGGGUGGUUUCACUUUCUCUCAGGCUUCUUUCAGGUCAGGGUGAGGAGGGAGGCCUAAGAGAGGGUGGCAAAGUGACUGCUGCAGAUGUAACAUGAGGUAGUCAACUAUGGGUGAACUAUGUCUGGAGCUUAGGGUGCUGAGGGCACCCCGGAGGAACUGUCAGCUUCUGAAGAGAGGAGACUAAUUCUUGGGCAGCAUUUCAGACUCUUGCUUAUCUUGGGUACAUGAAACUUCCUUUCCCCGUUAUCACUUUAGGCAGUUGCUCAGCAUCCUGUUUUUAAAGAGAUUAUUGGCUUCUACUUCCAGACUCAGUUUCCCUGGUUGAGUUGGGGGCUUUACGGAGGGUGCUGAGGUUUGGAUUAAGUGGUAGGGGAGGGUCCUUAUUUAAGGGUUUUGCUAGGCCCAUUUGUAGCAUCCCAGCCAGUCCUCACUCACAUCCUUCCAGGGUGAGCCUAUGCUUAGCAUCUAUAGCUUAGAUGUGGUCCAUCUUUCUGUCGUGUUCUCCGCCCCCCCCCCCCACUUCAAGUUGACUGGCAGCAACCCUACCCAGACUCUGGGCUCUCCUGUGGGUGGAGGCUGUUACCAUUGGGUUGCUGCUUCAUUGGGCAAGCGGCUCUAUUGUUUGCAAAGGUCAGAAAAUUCUGGAGUGUGAGCAGUUUAGAGGUGUGCUUUGGAUGCUGAAGUAUUGGGGUUUUAGGACAUAGGGAUGAUUUUGAGACUAUAAGGGUAGAAUAUGCAAAAGCUAGAGUUUUAGGAUCUUCAAAUCCAGUGACUGUUGAAGACCCUGUCCCCAUCCUUCCCCUUUGUCAGGUGCCUAUUUGCCUGGCUCCUUAUCUUAUUCUCCAGCUGGCGAAAUAGCAGCAGUGUGUUAUUAGCAAUUGCAAUCAUAUAGUGCUUAAUAUGUGCCAGACACAGUGCUAAGGCUUACAUGCAUUACUUCCUUUAAUCCAGAAGCAGCUCUGGCUAGGUGGUAUCCCAUCUUACAGAUGGGAAAGCUGAGCUCUGUGUUAGAGACUGAGAACAAUGUGAGGAAGAUGGACCUAAGGCUUACCUGGCUCUCUGUCGGACCAGGUUGUAGACUGCUGGCAGCUGUCUCUUCCCACCAGCUGGCUGUGAGGGUGCCCGUGAGGAUUUAAUGAGCUAAUGCACAUAAGCGAUUAGCAGGGUACCUGCCACAUAGUAAGCACUCAAUAAAUGGGAGUUGCUUUUUUCUUUUGUUGUAAGCUGAGCUCAGUGAGCAGUUUGGCCCACACUGGUGGGCUGCUGGGUAUUCAGCCAUCACACUCCCUGCCUGCACAUAGUUUGGCGCUUGUGUCCUAGAAAGUGACCACACUGUCCUCCAAGAGAAGACUUCAGUGGACCAGUGGGAAGGAAGAGCCCUGUGCAGCUUGCUGUUUUCCAUGGCACCAAGGCCACCCCGACUGAGGGACGAUGUGAGGGUGCUUCUGUUCCUUUUCCCUGUGAUUGAGAUUGCUCACAGGAAGGCUGCUUGCUCUGACCUGGGGAUGCCCCAGCCUGGGCAGCAAGGUCCUGUCUUUCUCUGGACUCCACUUUGUACACCAAGGCCUGUACUCUGUUGUACAGUUCAGGACUCCAUGGUUCUUGCUACAAGUGGGUAAUUUCAGGAAUCGAGCAGGAUAGAAGGAACAAUCCUGAGGCUGAGUGCACUAGCCAGAAAUUGAAAGCCCUGCCCAUGCUCUUGACACCAUAACCCUUCCACCUUGUGUUUCUAUCUUAAGAGAACAGGUUAGAGCAGGUGACCACUGGGGACAGGUUAUGUGAAUGUUUCUGUCUGUUCUAGACUAGCAAAGGAUCACACAGAUUAUUAAUCAUGGAAAAAUGUUUCAUUGGUUUUCUGAAUGGACAUGGGGAAUUAGGGAGGGGGGAGAGAGAGUCUGCCUGCCUGCCUGUCUGUCUGUCUGUCUGUCUGUCUUGGCCAAGUCUUCAUUCUGACUGAGUGGCAUUGGCUAACAUAACCCAGGAGAUUCUCAGGCCCUGUGAGGAGGAACUACAGUUCUGAAGGUGGAGCAUCCCACAGGCCCAUGGCUGGAAUUCAGGUACUGGAGCUCCUCCUGCUCCUGCUCCUCAGGACUUGGGUUCGCCAGGCUGGUCCUUCCUCCUUCACUGUGCCAUCUGAUGAACCAGGCAGUCCUUUGUCUGGAGAGAAAAAUCCAAUGGUAGCAGAAGCCCUGGGGCACUGCUUUUCUAGACCCUGGCCAGGCCCAGCUUGGUAGUUCUUGAAGGACCUUGAAUGAGUACAGCAUUCAGAAGGACUUGUGACACGGCCAUCUGCCCAAGGGAAAUUGUAGUAUUUGGUGUCACCUUCUUAGUCGUCUCUGUUCUCCUUACUAGAACACGUUUUCCUCACCCAUUAGGUUUGUGUGCUGGUUUUGCUGGCUUUCUCAAAGGAACACCAGUGUGGAAAAGGGGGGGAAGAAUGUUUUUGCAGUGAGCUGAAUGUGCACACAUGUUUAUGAGAGUCCUUUGUGUGAGGUUUCCUCUCAUUUCUUGGUUUCUGUCCUGGGUCACACUGAGCACGUGUCUGAGGCUGAAUACAAAGUGGAGGCAGGGAACCAGUCAGGCCCUGGGCGGCAGCUCUUUGUCCACCUCAGGGACUCCUGAGACGCCAGGGGACAGCAACAGGACAGAACAGGCGGGGUGGGAGUCACACAGGCAAAGGUAGACUCAGACAAGCUCAGUGCUCCUCGGUGGCUGCAGGGACCAGAAAUCACCCCAGAAAAUCCAUCCCGGGAGUCCUGGGGCUCAGUGCCCUUUCUAGAGGCCGUGUGGACCCAGAUCUCAACUGAGGUUUAACACUUUUCAAACCACAGUGGGGACCACAGUGGAAGACAGAGCAGAGCACCCCCAAUUUCUCAGCCUCUUCCGUUGUGUGGAAGGACCUGCUGAAUCCAGUUGUAUUACACUGCCUGGCUGCUUUCCUGCCCUCAGACUGGGGGAACUGGGACACAGCACUUGCUGUGUGGAAUCCAUGUGACUAUCCUUGGGUCUCCCCAGAUAGGCAUGUACUUGUGUGUUCCUGCUGUGCCACUUUUCCAACCCAAGUGUCCCUAAAUCAGUGUUCUUUCUCUCUGCAUUUAGGAUUGGUGUAGAACACAUGGAGAUUCUUUUCAGCACAGUAUGAGAAUGUGAUAUAUUGUAUAUUGGAAAGUAUUUACCUUAUUUAUAUACCUGAAUGUUCCUAUUAAACAAAUAAACAUAUAUUAAAUUCUA